AUGACUACCAACAGGCCCUUCUUUGGCGGCUUCCUCGCCGCCUUCCGCGCGCAACAACCCAAUCUACAAAAGACGACGGCCUCGCAAGCAGCGUCUGUAGCCUCGUACUCGCAAACCACGGCCUCGCAACAGAGCCAGACUCUCGACACAGCAGCAGCUUCCUCGCGCACAAUCACCACCAAGACGCGCUCACCGUCGCCCGGUGCAACGACUGUCUCGGUGCAAGCAACAGGCCAUUUCCAGCCAACCAGACAACACACCGCUCCCUACAACCGCUCCACCUCCCCCAAGGCCCAGGCCUUCCCAAUACCAGGCGCGUCGCAACGAGGCAGACGGGGCUCGGACAGCUCGUCCGAAGGCUUCCACGAAGUCAUGGGCGCCGAGAAGUGGUACAUUGGCGGCCGAACAGCAACGGGGGAGGAGAAGUUCUACAAGCUGGGCAUGGUCAAGCGACACAGAAGCGCCGACCGCUUGAGUCUCGACAAGCUCAGCAUAUGA